AUGUCCACCCAUACUGCACCAAUCGCUACAUCUGAGGAUCAAGUUCAGCCCAUCACUGAGCAAAUUGUUAGGCACUUGACAUAUAAUUCUCAGGAUCAAUUCUAUAUUGAACCAUCAAGUUUCCCUGAGUUUGUGGACAAGCUCAGAGAAAGUGACUACAGCACUCUAAGAUAUAUGUAUGACCAUGUGAAAGACAUCUUGCAACUGAGCAUGCCUACUCCUGUACAUGAAGUUUUCAUCAAGCGCUGUCGAUGA